AAGGUUUCAUGUGUCGAUAUUAUAUUUUCUAUUGAUAAACCAACUGCUUUAUUUAAAACAGAGUUAUUGAUUCCCAAUUUUUUGUGUGUGUUUCAGGGACUUGACAGGAGGAACCCAUCUGCUUGUAAAUAGUUAACGAUACUCUAAAAAAAAAAAAAAAAAAAUCGUGCCCCAAUGAAAGUAAUAAAAUCGUACAACAUGACAAAAGUCUCGGCAUGCGAGAACAUGUCGUUCUACUGUCUCUACUAGACGUCUGCUACAUCAGCAUCAACUUUAAAUUGAUGCAGCUCUGAAAGCAACGGCACUUGCCAAAGUACCUUGUCAACCAGCCAUAAACUGGCUCCGUUUACUCGUUGCCUCGAACGCCCAAGCACCAAGAACAUAAAUGCGCUCUAGCUUCGGCGACAACAUGGGGCCAACUGUUAAGGAUUCACCUCCAAGCAGUCCCGGUUCGGAGAGCUUGAGCAAUAGCGCCGCAGCUUCCGGUCGGCGAAAACGGCCCCGUACCAACGAAGGCAGAGAAGGUGGCGGUAAUGGUGCUGGGGGUGGUGGUGGUGCUGGUAGUGCCGGUACUUCAACCAGUAGCGGCUCACAGCAGCAGCAGCAACAACAACAACAGCAACAGCAAAAUUUUUCCUCGUCCUCGCAGUACAACUCUAUGGAGUCCAAGUACCAGCCCAAAGAGGAAAAGGAGCCAAAGCUCUUUGACAACGGUGUGAACGCUCCCCACAUGCUUGGCAACCAGCUGAACCCAGCCUCGUCCAUGGCUCAAAAGAUGUCAGACACUCUGUCCCAGGAAAUGAAAGCCCACUCGAUAUUUACCGAAUCUAGCAACUCGGGCAUGAACUUGGUAGGGCCGCCACUGCACAGUCGCGUCAUCGCCUCGGUUAAAGCAAACAGUCAAAAUGCAACAAACGCGGCCACUUCCUUCUCGUCGGUAUUUUCGAACAACUCGAAUGCGUCGAGCAAUAGCGGAGUUUUAGGCACCGGUACCAUCCCCCAGACGCUGGACCAGCUACUGGAGCGCCAGUGGGAGCAGGGCAGCCAGUUUCUCAUGGACCAAGCUCAACACUUUGACAUAGCAUCGUUGCUCUCGUGUUUGCACCAACUGCGGGCCGAAAACAUGCGAUUAGAGGAGAACGUAAACACAUUGCUGCAGAGGAGGGAUCACCUGCUGGCGGUCAACGCGAGGCUGGCAAUACCUUUGACCUCGCCCUCCAACAACAGUAAGCAUCGAUUAUCCCAUACGAUAGCACACUCGCAUUUUAUUGCUCCUUCGUGUACUAGCAUUGAACACUAAUCGAGCCCUUGUCGUAUUUAAUCUCCCACAGCAGGUAGCCACACUAACAUAGUCGAGAACGGCAUGACGGCAAACUCGACGGCACCCGAGGCUGCGUCGCAGCACUCGCAGUUUGCACACAGGACGUCCUCAAGCACACCACAGCAGAGCACGACGAUCAGACAUGCCUCGGGUGGCAGUAUCUAUCAGGGCCAGUCAAAUAAUUUGAUUUCGCAGAACAAUGCGAACAACUCGAAUUUGAUUAGAAACUCGUCGGUCGACAUGAUGCGAAACAUCCAGAGAUAAGGAGCCGCUUGUAUGUCCAGAUUUAAUGGUUGAGUGGUUUAUACAAUAAUGACGUUUGUAACGACUAGAGACCAACCUUUUUUUACAUACUAGCUUAAUACUUGUCAAUAGCCGAACUCGAUAAAUAAUCUCGCUACUUUUUCAAUUUUACGAAGUAAGGAUCAUCUUUUACAUCGGUGCAUUAAAGUGUGGCGUCUUACUUCUAGAAAUGAAUUUCGUGUGUAGUAUUAGCUUUUACGAGAGACCAUAUGAAAGCUAUAGACAUUUUAAAAAUGCAUUAGCCCUAAAAAAGACUUACGAGCAUGUGUUCAUUUUUUAAAUACAUUAUUCAAAUCAUUUUACUUAAUGCACAUAUGCCCCUUUUUAUAUAAAUCGCGUUCGAUGAAUUGUAAUAAAAUAUGUGCAGGCAAAUAUUUGUCUGUGUGAAAUAAAUAGAGUUAUUAAGGUUCACUCUAGAGUUUUAGCUCAACGAAAAUGUAAAAAAAAUUUUAUAUGUUGAUUUUUUGGUAUGACGUAUCAAAAGCGGAUACUUUUUAUUAAACCUUUUUUAGAUGAAUAUUAAUAUACAAAUAUCGAAAAAGUAUGAAAAAAUUACCUUCAAUGUUGCAAAAUUGUAAAACAAUUCUUUUUUUUUUUUUUUUUCAUACUUAAAGUGAAGGAAAUUUAGUUAUUUAAGGAA